UAACAAUUUUCAUGAUUAAAUUAUAUAUAGAUUGGAUCUCAUAGCCAUCAAGAGCUGUAAAGGCAGUCUUAGAUAUUCUUAAAGUUCCUCAUGAAGUGAAGGCUUUGAAGAUUUAAUUUGAUGAGCAUAAAUCUCCUGAUUUCACAGCUAUUCAUCCAUUAUAAUAAUGUAAUGAAAGUUAAAUAUCUUUAGUGCCAGUAUUACAAGAUGGAGAUUUUAUUGUGGCAGAAAGUCACAAUAUUAUGAGAUACAUCAUAAAAUAGAGAAAUAUAUCAACUAAUUUGUAAAUUUCUAAAAAGUAAUAAGAUAUCCACUCACAGACAUAAGAUAAUAAACAAGAAUAGAUCAAUAUCUAGACUAUCAUCAUACAAAUACAAGAAGAUGCUUACAUCUGUACCAUUCAGUCCUGAUAUCGCCAAUAAAAGGGGAAAAGGUUUUUCCUGAAGUACUGGAAAAAGAAAGACAAGAUGUAGCAAAAGUGUUUUCAUAUUUUGAAAACAGUAAUUUUUUACAACAUAUAAUAGACUGGCUAAAAGGCAAGAAUUAUAUUUGUGGAGAUUAAGUAACUUUAGCUGAUAUAAGUGCUUGUAGUGAAAUGAUGUAAUUAGACAUGAUCAAAUUCGAUUUCUAAAAAUAUCCACUUACAAAUGCUUGGCUUCACAGAGUGAUAAGGAUUCCUGAAGUUCAUUAAGCUCAUAAUGUGGCAUUCAAAAUUAUAAAGAAAUAAAACCCUAGUUCUGAUUUUGUGAAAUGAAUAAAAAUAAUAAAUCAAUAUAGAAG